GCUGAUCUGUCGGCGGAUAUCCUGCUCCCGUGUGCUGGUCAGACCCCGCCCCGCCGCGCUGCUCGGCAUUACUAAAAGCAGCGAACACACACCGGUCACAAGCCGACUUCGCCGAGAGAUCAGCAACGAUGGGGGUGACGAUUCGAGUCGAAUACUGCGGUUCGUGAGGUUACGAACCCCGCUAUCUGGAUCUCGCCCAGGUCGUCAAGGGCGAGUUUCCCGAUGCGGAUGUGUCGGGCUUCAUGGGGAGGAGAGGCAGCUUUGAGAUUGUAAUCGACGGGCAGCUGGUCUUCUCCAAGCUCGAGACCAGCGGCUUCCCUUAUGAGGACGAUAUCAUGGCUGCGGUACAGAACGCCCACGAUGGGAAACCUGUGCAGAAGAUCACCAAAAGCCGCCCACCAUGCGUCAUCAUGUAAACCCCUCCUCCCUCUCCACAGCACGGAGACGAGCCAGUGCAACUGUAAACUGCCAGUUCUUCCACCUCUAGUUUACAAUAACCCCGUCGAGUACCAACCCGACAGAAUUGCACUAGUUUACUUUCUCUGAUGCAGAUCACUAAAACCUCGCUCUUCCCUUGGCUUCUCUCUCUCUCUCUCUCUCUCUCUCUCUCUCUCUCUCUCUUCCCAUUGCGGAGCUCCGGGCUGUUAAUGAUUACUGUGGCCUCAACUGUCACGGGUUGCAAUAUGAUGAAUCCAUUCCUGGAGUUCCUUCCAUUUUAUUUAAUGGGAACAAAGACGGGGAGAAGACGCCGCGAGUUGGGAGGGAACUCCCUUUUUAUUUUUACCAACAGCCUCAUUGCCUAGAAAUCUCGAUUUGCCAAUUUGACCUCACAUGCAACUAACGGUUCUCAGUGGAUGCAGGGACGGUGCAGAGUAGUUACGUAAAGGGAGACUGUCUCUGUAUCUCUGUUAAACUUUUUUUGUUUUUUACUGUACAGACUGCAGAUAGCGAAGCAGUGUCACAAGAUGCAACUGCAACCAAUAGUUUUCUAUCUUCUUUACAUUUGAAAGAUUGCUUGUGAUUCUGGCGUUGUUCUCGUCUUUAUUUUUAACGUUAAGCUCCUCUGACUGAGCACCAGAGCGAUCGUCAUCGUCAGCAGCAGUGUUUUCUGAAGACCACCACCCACUGGUCUGUCAGCUCACACUGAUCCCAUGUCGGCUCGUUUAACCAAAAAAAUGCUCUUGUUCUGUAAACUCAGAUGUGCAAACUGACAACUUUAAAUAAAGGUAAUGGUUGUUUAA